AUGUGGCAGUCGAGCAGGAGCACGCUGCCGUGGGAUUGGAUAUCGCGCGGCAGCUUCUGGUACUUGAGCUCGGGCUCGCCCGUCCUGACUCUUACAGUCGGGGAUCACACGCUUAAGCCCCACCUCAAGGGCGGCGCCGCCGCGCUCCAGCACGAUGGCCGAGACGUCGCCCUGUGCCCGGCGAAGGCCGUUUUCAAUGAGAAGGGCGGAAAGCCGAUCGAAGUAGAAGAUGAAGUCCUCACUACUUGUGUCUAUGUCGUGCAAGAUAGUAUCUAUGCCGCGCAGUUGCGGGGUCUGCUCGAUGAAGAUGACUUUGCUAGAUAG